AAAUAAAGCAGUUCAAUGGGGGUUACGUUAGGGAAACGAUCCCAUACGGUUACAAGUUCGAAAUCACACGACGCGACACGACAUGACAUGACAUGACAGAAAGAUUUGAAGGUUCGAAUCAAAACACCGCCCACAACGUACGAUGUUAGACCGUCAUGGUCGUACGAUUGCUGCAGAGGGGAUACUAGACAACAGCAUUGACGUUUUCUGCACUCGUAACUUUUCAAUCAUGCUUUGCCUUGCGCCCCCGCGGCGUCUCGCCAUGUUGCCUCGGAUGAAGUGUUCCAUGCGCCGCCAUAUGUUGGACACAGGUUUGAAACUUUGUAUUUACUACGAUCGUCUAAAAAGAUCAUCAUCGCCACAUCCCAAGAUUUGUGUACACCGCGCCCGCUCCACCUUUCUGUUUUUAGUGUUUAGUUUAAACGUUUCUUUUCUUGACAUGCCGCUCGCUCAUAUUCUGAAACCUUUUUCCAACAUGCUAUAAACAAUUGCCUCUCUUGGCCCACGG